UGGCUUAAGUAUACAUUUAUAAAUACUUGAGAAAUAUUCUAAAAUAUUAUUCAAAUAUAUAAUUUAUCCCUUAAGGUAAAAGUGGUUCCGGGACAUCUUAUUAAGUUGGAGUCGUGACCGAUUUCGUGCUUUGUUAUGAAUUAUGAUGAAUGAAGAAUGGCGGACGUUGUCAUUGUAGGAUAUUUAUUCACAUUUUUAUUAAUAAGUGCUUGUUAUGCUGGCCUUGCAGGGUUUGAUAAUUUGGAGGAAGAUGGCCCUUUCCCAAGCACACAAACACAAGCCGACCAGCUUAUUCCGGAUGAGCCCAUUGAUAAAAAGAUGAUGGUUCAUCAUCCAAGGAGAAGAAAGUUUCAGAAGAGGUACAAAUGCCACCAAUGCGAGUCGCCAGAGUGUGACAACGAGUCGCAAACAUGUGACCUGGCUUUAUACUGCUUCAAAUCAACGGUUCGCACAUCUGAUGGGGAGUUGAGGUAUUCGAGGGGGUGUUUCCAGAGGGUGGAUCACUAUCAGUUCACGUGUCACAGCAAUCAACCGUCGCCUGGGGUCCGCAAGCGGCACGCGGGGCAGCUGAACGUGACGUGCUGCGCGGGCGACAUGUGCAACAGCGGCGCGUUCCCCGCGCUGGCGGGGCGCGCGCGCGCCGCCCCCGCGCCCGCCGCCGGCGCGCUGUGGGCGGCCGGGCUCGCCGCCGCGCUGCUGCUGGCCGCGCUCGCCGCGCUGGCCGUGCUGCUGCUGCGACGCACGCACAGGUUGAGGGUACUUCAAGCAGCUCAAAAAUUGGGCAUGGAUUCCAGUUAUUUCACAAACAAUCUGUACAGUCCACCAGUAACAAGCGCUUUCUAUGAAGGCAUAGACGGUUCCCAGAAUGCUGUGAGGGCAGUGGCAGCAGGUGACUCCACGCUACGGGAGUACCUGGAGACCUCAAUGAGCAGCGGCUCAGGGUCUGGACUGCCACUCAUGGUGCAGAGGACCUUGGCCAAGCAGGUCACGCUGAUUGAGAGGAUUGGCAAGGGGCGGUACGGCGAGGUGUGGCGCGGCGCGUGGUGCGCGGACAGCGUGGCCGUGAAGAUAUUCUUCUCGCGCGACGAGGCGAGCUGGCGCCGCGAGACGGAGGUGUACAGCACCGUGAUGCUGCGCCACGAGAACAUCCUCGCGUACGUGGGCAGCGACAUGACCAGCCGGAACAGCUGCACGCAGUUAUGGCUGAUCACACACUUCCACCCACUCGGCUCGUUAUAUGAGCAUUUGGCUCGAACAACCCUCACUAGGCACCAGAUGAUGGUCAUCUGUCUGUCCAUCGUGAACGGCUUGCUGCAUCUACACACUGAUAUACAUGGAACACAGGGAAAACCAGCGAUAGCCCAUCGCGACAUAAAAUCUAAGAACAUCCUCGUGAAGGUGAACGGUGAAUGCUGUAUAGCGGACCUAGGGUUAGCUGUGACCAGACAACAUGUGGCCGAGGGUCUCAUACAUAACCCUAGGCAGGGCACCAAGCGGUAUAUGAGCCCUGAAAUGUUGGAUCAGAGCAUGAACAUGUCGUGCUUCGAGUCGUACCGCAAGUGCGACAUCUACGCGCUGGGGCUGGUGCUGUGGGAGGUGGCGCGGCGCGCGCGGCCGGCGCGCGAGGCGCAGCCGCCCUACCACGAGCUGGCGCCGCACGACCCCAGCUUCGAGCUCAUGCGCAAGGUCGUCUGCGGCGACGGCGCCCGCCCGCUGCCGCCGCAGGACCCGCACCCGACAAUGGUCGGCUUGGCGAACUUAAUGCAAGAGUGCUGGCACCAAAACCCCUCAGUGCGACUGCCGGCGCUUAGAAUAAAGAAGACUCUAUUGAAAUUAGCUGCUAACGACAACUCCAUCAGGCUGAACGAGGAUAAUGAAAUCUCUGUCUAGAUAUAGACUAAUAUACUACAGUCAGAAAAAAAAAGGAAUUCGAAAUGGCGUCGUUCAGCUGUCAAACUGUUUUUCGGCCAUAUGUGUGAGUAUAGACGGCAAUAUUGUGUGAGCGAGAGACAGAUAGGAGCCGCCAUUUUCAAUUUGUUGUAUCUGACGUAAUAGCUAAGUCCCGACUGUUUCUUUGUGGUUAAGAGUUGAUUUAUU